AAAAAAUUUAUAGUUAAUUUCGCGUUUAGAAUUUUUUUGUCGCGUAAAAAAAUAGUUGAAAAUGUAUAAAAUUGGGACUUGUUUUGGAUGUCAAAAGUGUCUCUAUUGUGGGGUAAAUUUGAAAAUAGAAAUAUGUGAUUGUAAUAAAACAGCUAAGCCAUCCAGAAAAAACCGAACAGAUCUCGUUAAAAACGCAUUUACAAGAGUCUUUAACCCUAUUUCUAAUCCUAAACAAAUAGAUUUUAUAAAAAAUAAAAAUGAUAGCUUUGCUUAUGGAUUUGAUUUAGCAAAAGGCUUUCAAUUUUCAUUCUGUUCAACAUGUAAUAGUUCUUACCAACGUUUAUCUAAUAAAAAAUCUAAAUCUAAUAACUCUUCACAAAGAGUUCGUACAUCAGAAAAUGUGAUACAAUUAGAAGAAAACAUUGAAAUAAUUAAUGUUGAAUCUACUACUGAAAUUUCACAAGAAAGUACUACGUCAGAUGGGUCAACAUUUUACAAUAAAUCCAAACGUAGCAAUUCAGAAACUGAAAAUGAAGAUAGUACUGAAUUGGAAAUAGAAGUUAAUUACAAACUAUCUAUAAAAAAGGCAGACGGUACUUCUCUUCCAGCUAAAAACUAUUCAGUUAUAAUCUCUGAAUUAGAUGAGUUUUUACUUUCAAUUCAAAAUAAUAUCACAGCUCUUCUCAAAGAUGAAAAAAUUGAUGCUAAUGACUAUAAUGUUUCUUUUAAGUCAGAAAAGACACAAGGAGCUGGUACUUUAUUAGUAGAUGUACGUGAUUUCGAAAAUUUCAAAUCAGAAUAUAAUAAACUUGUUGCCACAAAAAAAGUUAUGCUUAUUUCUAUUACUAUGAAUAAAAAAGAAAAACAAGUUGAUGUUAAGCGAAAAAAAAUGAAACUAAUUCAGAUGAUGAUGUAGAUCAUGACGAGGACUCUAUUCCAAAUAUUUAUAAUAAAAAUAAAGUUCCUAAAAUUUCAGAUAUUUCUUUGCUUGAUCAAAGAAUUGCAAAGAAUGUUACAGAAUUACGAAGAGAAACUUGGUGUUCCAUGCAUAAUAGGCAUUGUCUAAAAGAUCGUGAACCUCAUGUUGAAAUAAGUAAUAUGAUGUUUUCAACUUGGGCAACAGAAAUGCUU